UCUGCCGGUGAACGCCGCGGAGUCAGCAUCCUUGGAGUUUCCCCUGUUGCAGUCAUCAUGUCGAAGUCUGAGUCCCCCAAGGAGUCGGAGCAGCUGCGGAAGCUCUUUAUCGGAGGUCUGAGCUUUGAAACAACCGAUGAGAGUCUGAGGAGCCAUUUUGAGCAAUGGGGAACGCUCACGGAUUAUGUGGUGCUGAGAGACCCAAGCACCAAGCGCUCCAGAGGCUUUGGGUUCGUCACCUAUGCCACUGUGGAGGAGGUGGACGCAGCCAUGAACGCGAGGCCACACAAGGUGGACGGAAGAGUGGUGGAGCCAAAGAGGGCUGUCUCCAGAGAAGAUUCUCAAAGACCUGGUGCCCACCUAACUGUGAAGAAGAUUUUUGUCGGCGGUAUUAAAGAAGACACUGAAGAACAUCACCUAAGAGAUUAUUUUGAACAGUUUGGGAAAAUAGAAGUGAUUGAAAUCAUGACUGACCGAGGCAGUGGCAAAAAGAGAGGCUUUGCUUUUGUAACCUUUGACAACCAUGACUCUGUAGACAAGAUUGUCAUUCAGAAAUACCAUACUGUGAAUGGCCACGGCUGUGAAGUAAGGAAAGCACUGCCUAAGCAAGAGAUGGCUGGUGCUUCGUCCAGCCAAAGAGCUCGAGGUGGUUCUGGAAACUUCAGAGGUGGUCGUGGAGGUGGUUUUGGUGGAAACGACAACUUUGGUCGUGGAGGAAACUUCAGGGGUCGAGGUGGCUUUGGUGGCAGCCGUGGUGGCGGUGGAUAUGGUGGCAGUGCGGAUGGCUAUAAUGCAUUUGGUAAUGAUGGAAGCAGUUUUGGAGGUGGUGGGAGCUACAAUCAUUUUGGCAAUUACAACAACCAAUCUUCAAGUUUUGGGCCUAUGAGAGGAGGAAACUUUGGAGGCAGAAGCUCUGGCCCUUAUGGUGGUGGAGGUGGUUUUGGUGGAAACGACAACUUUGGUCGUGGAGGAAACUUCAGGGGUCGAGGUGGCUUUGGUGGCAGCCGUGGUGGCGGUGGAUAUGGUGGCAGUGCGGAUGGCUAUAAUGCAUUUGGUAAUGAUGGAAGCAGUUUUGGAGGUGGUGGGAGCUACAAUCAUUUUGGCAAUUACAACAACCAAUCUUCAAGUUUUGGGCCUAUGAGAGGAGGAAACUUUGGAGGCAGAAGCUCUGGCCCUUAUGGUGGUGGAGGUCAAUACUUUGCCAAACCAGGAAACCAAGGUGGCUAUGGCGGGUCCAGCAGCAGCAGUAGCUAUGGCAGUGGCAGAAGGUUUUAAUUACUGCCAGGAAGCAAAUCUUAGGACGAGAGGAGAGCCAGAGAAGUGACAGGGAAGCUACAGGUUACAACAGAUUUGUCAACUCAGC